GCCCUUUACAACCACGUCUUACCAUGGAUAACACCCCCAGGCAGCUAUUUCAGACGGCGAGCAACGUCUACGUGUUGCAACAACCGUGGGCCUUUGUCAAAGAGCUGGGACAAGGAGCCUAUGGUUGCGUCUCGUCUGCUCGGAAUGCUCAUACUGGGGAGACUUGUGCUGUGAAAAAAGUUACGAAUGUGUUUACGAAAAAGAUCCUCACGAAGCGAUGUUUGAGAGAGCUCCGACUGUUGCAUCAUUUCCGGGGGCACAAGAAUAUCACUUGUCUCUACGACAUGGAUAUUAUCUUUGAUCCACCUGGAUCUGGCCUCUUCUCCGAGGUCUACCUGUAUGAGGAAUUGAUGGAGGCGGAUCUGCAUGCGAUUAUCCGCUCCGGUCAACCGCUCUCCGAUGCGCACUUCCAGUCAUUCCUCUAUCAGACCCUUUGUGGACUCAAGUAUAUCCACUCUGCGAAUGUUCUACACCGAGAUCUCAAACCUGGCAAUCUGCUCGUCAACGCGGAUUGUGAGCUCAAGAUCUGCGACUUUGGUCUGGCACGAGGGUUCCAGCCUGGAGCUGUGCAGACGGAUCAGGGACAGGCAGGGUUCAUGACGGAAUACGUCGCGACUAGGUGGUACAGAGCGCCAGAGAUUAUGCUGAGUUUUGCCAACUAUACAUCGAGCAUCGAUAUGUGGUCCGUCGGGUGUAUCCUGGCGGAACUGCUAGGCGGCAAGCCGAUAUUCAAGGGUGAAGAUUAUGUCGAUCAACUGAACAAGAUCUUGAAUUUGCUUGGGACGCCUACGGAGGACACGUUAAGGCGGGUUGGCUCGCCGCGGGCACAAGACUACAUUCGUUCUCUUCCCAUCAAAGCUCGAGUCCAGUUCAAGGUGUUGUACCCCAACGCACAGCCCCUCGCUCUCGACCUGCUCACAAAGCUGCUCACCUUUGACCCGGCCAAGCGAAUCGGUUGUCAAGAGGCCCUCGAACAUCCAUAUCUCUCGGUGUGGCACGACCCUGCCGAUGAGCCGUUGUGCGAGGUACCUUUUGACUUUUCUUUUGAGCGGGAGGAAUCGACCCAUGGGAUGAGGGAUCUGAUCGUGGACGAGGUCCGGAGCUUUAGAUACCUUGUCAGACAGCAAUCGGCCCCUGCGCCUCCUAGAACUCACGAACUCCCUCCUGUCCCCGCGGCAUCUCAACAGCCUGGUGCGGGGAUUGGACCAGCGUAUUCUGAUGACCCAAACGUCGGAGCGGAUGUGGACGAGCAUCCGAGCUCGGCAUUGGAGAGGCAGCUGGGCCAGGGACGAUAGAGUCGCCGUAUACAUGAAUGCUAU